AAAGUACUAAAUUUGAGAAAACCCCGUAGAUAUGAACAAAUACUACUCCUGAGUAAUUGGUGUGCGUACGUAUAAGUAGUCGUGAUUAAUUGGUGCCCGGCCAGUCGGCCACUGCAAGCGAGCCAAUUGCAGAUCGAUAUGUGGGUAUGGGUGGUUUUGUUCUUCCUACUACUCGCUGUCAUCAUUUCGGUUGCUUUUCAGCUCAUGUGUUUGGCUGAUCUAGAAGUCGACUAUAUCAACCCUUAUGACUCUGCCUCUAGGAUUAACCAAGCUGUUCUUCCCGAGUUCAUUGUACAAGGAGUUUUGUGCUUACUCUAUCUGGGAACCGGCCAUUGGAUUAUGUCGCUUCUUUGCUGUCCUUACUUAUACUACGAUGUGCACCUGUAUUUGCAGAAACAACACUAUAUGGACGUGACUGAGAUUUUUAACCAGCUCAAUUGGGAGAAAAGACAAAGACUUUGGAAACUUGGGUAUCUUGUUAUUCUCUUCAUCAUCUCCUUAGUUGUGUUGAUACGUUGUAUCGUGGAAGACGAUGAUCAAACGUUAAAAUAUCCUUUGUAGUGUAUCAAUUUUCACAUUCCAAGGAGGCUCAUAACAUACGACCAAAAUAAAUAACAGAAUCUUAAUUAAGGUGAAAUUCAACAGUCCUACUAAUACAUCUAAACAUUCUACACCACUGAGGAGCAUAGUUGCCUAUCUAAUGCACUACUCUCUCAUCAGUAUUACAACACAGAUCUUAAUGAAAUUAAUUAAUUUGCAGAUACAAGUAUUUUUCUUUACUUGAC